GUGUCACAACAGCUCGAGCUCAAAUCCCUUCAUUCUCUCGCUGGAUUCACACUGAGACUGGGAAACUUACAGAUAUCAGCCAAACCAACACAGCGUGAUGAACCCAGAACACACAGAGUCCGAUGAACCACCUGCUGAUCAAGAGCUGAGGAUGGUGUUGUUUGGAAGAAGUGAAGCUGGAAAGAGUUCAAUAGGCAAUGUAAUACUGGGUCGAGAGGCGUUUAAAGAGAGCAGAACCCGAGAGAGUGAGAAACAGACAGGAAGAGUAGAAGACAGAAACAUCUCCAUCAUCGACACGCCAGGUUUCUUCAACACUCAACUGACUGAUGAAGAGAUGAAGAAUGAAAUGAUGAAGAGUCUGUAUCUCUCUGAUCCUGGUCCUCACGUGUUCCUGCUCGUCAUCAGACUCGACAGAUUCAUCGAAGACGUGGUGAAGAUCGUAAAAAAGAUUUAUGAGCACUUUGGAAAGGACGCUUUCAGGUUCACCAUGGUGCUGUUCACGGGAAGAGAGGCGAUGUCCAAACGAGAGUGGAUCGAGUUCAGGCUGGACAGAAAAACUCGAGAACUGCUGAGCUUCUGUGAAGAGAAGUGUCACGUGAUCAUUCAUAAAAACAAGAGAGACAGGAAGCAGAUCGCGAGCCUGUUGGAGAACAUUGAUGAAGUGGUGAGGAAGAACGGACGAGAACAUUAUACUAAAGAGAUCUACGUGAAGAACAGUCAAGAUGAGACGAGGACGAAACGAAGAGAUGGAAAAGAGAAGAUCAGUCUAGACGCGCAAAUAACAAGCCAAGAGAAAGAGAAGAACAGAGAAGAAGACAACAGAGCAGAGGAACAGAUCAGAGAUGAAGAAACAGAAAACAGUGUUCAGAAAGACCAAAGAGCAACAAAUGAGAGAGAAAAAGGCUCUCCAGAAGGAAAUCACAGCGACCAAACACAUGAAACAAGUUUGAUCGGGCAGGAGAUGAAAACGACACCAGAACAUAAUUCAAUAAACGUGUCUGAUUUGAGGAUUGUUCUUCUGGGUAAAAGUGGAUCAGGAAAGAGCUCCACAGCGAACACCAUCCUGGCCAGAGAUGCGUUCACAACCAACACGAGUCUCCCAUCAAGCAGUCAAACCUGUGAGAAACAAGAAGCACAUGAUUUAAACAACUUAGUUUUAACAUUUCCCUGA